CGUUGUCUCACUGCUGCACGUUUGAGCCUCUUGUUGUCUCGGCACCACUCGUGACGAACCCCCCAGAGCUCUUAGAGCAGGCUUGACGUUCGAGUCGAGCAUCCAUACAUACGUGCAGAGAUUCCUCGUCCCCUGUUCACUUCAGUAUCACCAUGAAAGCCUUCACUGUGGCCUUCGCGGCGGCUUACCUCUUGCCCGGCGCGCUGGCUUGGGGUGCAGCCGGCCACGAGAUUGUCGCUACUAUCGCUCAAAUUCACCUUCAUCCUUCUACCCGUCAAAGGCUCUGUGAGAUCCUCCCUGAACGGUCGAAAUGUCACUUGGCGACCGUAGCUGCGUGGGCAGAUACGGUCAGGAGGUAUUAUCCUGAGACGGCACCUAUGCACUAUAUCAAUCCCAUGUCGGAUCACCCAUCCGAUCAUUGUGAAUACGGAGAGCACGGCUGGUUGAACGAAGACGUCAAUGUCUUGACGGGGAUCAUGAAUGAAACGGCGAGAAUCAUGGCUGGGCAGGGUGAUAUCCCAUUGCGGUUCCUCGUCCACUUCAUGGGUGACAUGCACCAGCCCCUGCAUUUGACAGGUCGAGACAAGGGAGGCAAUGGCGCCAUGUUCCUGUUUGAAGGGCAUCAGCGAAAUCUCCACUCCGUUUGGGACUCUGGCCUCAUCACCAAGAAGAUCCGAGAGAUCAGUAACUACACCAGUCCUCUCCCUUCGCGCCAGAUCGAGGACGCGCUCCCCGGAGCCAUUUUUGACCCCUACGUCCGUUGGAUAGUCUGGGAAGGAAUCCGUCAAUGGUGGCGGGAUGAGCUUCCCGAAUGGCUCACUUGUCCAGCGGAUGGGGAUCCAUUCCCUCAUUCGUCCAUCUCUGAUAUCCCCGCUUCGACGCCCGACUAUUUGAAGAACAGAAUCUCCAGGACGGCGUUUUCAGCACUCAACGCGGUCCUUCCUGCUUGGAUCACCAUCCCAUUUCAGCUCAAGUAUCCAGUACAGAUGCACGAAACGCAUGGAUUUGCAGAUCAAUUGCUGUCAACGCAUCCUGCCAUCUUGAACGGAUCAGUCGUGUCGACUCUGAGCCCAGAUCCUCAAUUGAUCAAACCCGUCAUACCUGCCUGUCCGUUUUCUUGGUCGAAACCGAUCCAUCAACUCAACUGCGAUAUCGUCUGGCCUAAAAACUAUGUCCCAGGGAGACACAUUGAGCUGGAUACGAAAGAUUACCUGGGUAGAAUCGACAGUGAAAAGACCUUGGAAAAGCUCUUAGCAAUGGGUGGAAUCAGGUUAGCUUCUAUCCUCAAUACCAUCUUGGGAGACGAGACGGCCGCUCUCAACCUUGCUUACUAGGUCUCUUUAACGUUUGUACACGUCCUAGUCAGCCGAAUAGGUCGGUGCCUAAAUCAUGUAUAAGUAUGGAUCU